AUUCUCUUUCUCUGUGUCUUGAAUGUUGAGUUUACGAGGCAUAAGGUAAGCACCGCGGAUACCCAGUUCUCUUUCUGUGCCGAGACCGCGAGGAUCUGCCACAUUACCCCCGCCGUCUGGACCAUAUCCGAUUAUCCUCGUGUCCGGUAAUCGUGAGAAAAUGAAACGGAACAAAAUGUUACUUCUUUUCUGUACACUCUUCUCCGCGACAGUCGCCAUCUCCUCGCAGUGGAGACCCGUCAUACCAACUAGGUUAGGCUCAAGCCUGUUGCACCAGGAAGCCGCUGCUUACGAGUCGCCCUUGGCGACGUACAGUUACGACGAAGUGUCGCUACCACAGAGCCAUCCCUUGGCGCAGCAGGAGCAGGAUCAAUGCGCGCUGUACAAAGUCUCCAUGAGCCAGCAGCUUUACUUUGAGUAUAUCCACUACAAGACGGAUCUGCCGGAUCUUCAGGAAUUCACGCUCUGCAUGUGGACCAAGUUUUACAAUCAUUCCAAUGAUCACCCGCUCUUUUCAUACGCCGUCGGGGAUCAGCCUCGAGGAAUUUUCUCCUGGGUGGCAAAUACCGCCAGGAGUUCCUACUACAUGCUCAACAUAGACGGCCACAACCUCUACAGAUUGAACUAUCCGCUGAGAUUGAACAAGUGGUACCACUCCUGUCAGAGUUGGAAUGGCCGCACUGGAGAAUGGCAAAUCUGGGUCAACGACGAGCGCGUAGGCCGUGGCUUCAACAACAGGCUUGUAGGACAUGUCAUCAAGGGCGGUGGAAUCGCUAUUUCUGGACAGGAGCAACGGCAGUUGGGUGGUGGUUUUCUGGAAGGGCAUGAUGCUCCUCAGGGUUCUGGUGGUUUCCUUGGAGAGCUCACGAUGGUUCAACUGUACAAUGUUGCUCUGACUGCUGGAAAAGCACACAGAGAUCACAAGCAUCAUCAUGCUCAUCACUAUGAGCAUGACACCAAUAAUAAUACACCCAGAACUACGACCGCGCCUCCAGUAACUGGACCACCAUUGCCAAUGAACCCUUUUCUGACCGGUGGACAGAUUAACCAUCAGGUCAAGAUCAAUCCUGGAGUUCAGGUUCAAAUAAAUCAAAAUGGAGUGACACUACGUCACCCGAAUAUCCCUCCGCAGCAAGAACCUGCACCGCAGCCAUUCCCACCACCAAAUCCUGAUUCCCUGGCAGCCUUGUCAACAGCUUCACCACCCAUUUCCGGUAUACCCUCUUACGGCAACAGCUUCCGUACAACUCAGUUCUUUGGAAACCUUGCCUCCCCACUAGGACGAAUCCCCCAGGUAGCUCAGCUUCCUCAAUUGAGUCAAACUAACCCUGCAGCUGCGAAUGGAUUCAGCUUCGUCAACGGUCAGUACCACAACCUCUUUAAAAGAGAUAAAUCCGCUGCUCAGCCAGGAGACAGUCAUCAGGACGAUCUGAUAGCUGCCGUUGAGUCGACGGAGCUGAAGAAAUUGGUUAAGCGCGAAACUGUCGACGAUAAGGUCUCCUUCUUGGCAAAGAAAGAACCAAGUUCCUUAAACGAGAAAACGGUUAGUAAGAGAGAUUCCGAGAAGAGGAAACGCGGCUUGGUACAGUUGGCCGAUGGAUCCGUCUUGGACGACAGCUACCUGGUGUCUCAAGGACUGGACAACAACUAUUUCUCCGGUUUGGCAAGCUUCGGCGCUCAGCUUCCGGCCCACGCGACCAAGGACGAGGAACGCGAACCGGCCGAGGCCGAGGUUAAACAAGUAAUGGACAUUUGUGACGGCUGCGCCGAGGAACCCUUCGAGAAGGCUCUGGUAAUGUCGUGGAGAAACGUCCCGAAGAAGCUAUACUCCGGUGCCGUUUAUCUGCCAGCCGCCCAGACAUGCAAGGCGUUCUAAGGUUAAUCGAGUCGGAAUCCCUAAUAGAAUCUUCGACGUCGUGGGUCGUCGUGCACGACCGCGUCGAAUUACGAACUUAUCGUUAGCGCGGCUAAGUGAGUUUCGAGACGAUUAAUAACAAAAGCCGAUGGGAUUGCAUCUACCCCGACGAGAUCAAAAGGCCGUGGCCGCUAGAGUUUCACGAGACGCCGGAAAUACGAAACCCUUAAGACUCUCCUUAAGCAAGCGAGGAGAGCGGAGAGGAAGGAAACAGGAAGACACGAGGAAAUUUCCGGUAACGAGUAACCUGAAACAAUUACGAAAAUAUCUUUCGUAACGUCGGACGUCAUCUUUACUUCGAAUCGUGUCUAACGAAAGAAUUCACUUGGCCGCGCGCAUGCGCCUAGUUUAUAUUUAUUUAUAAUCAUCGACGCGACAGCGUAUCAGACCGCAUACGAAAAGCGACUAAUAAUACUCAGUGGACAAUGUUUCCAAGAGACAGAUACUGACCUAGAUUAAUCUCCUGGAUUCGAGUCAAGCUCAAAAUCAAUAAAUGGACUUAUCGAUAGCUAAGGAUCAACUGGUAGCAUCAGUCACGUUGAACAUACUAUCAUUCCAUUUUUAAGCAGUGUAUAAAUAGGAUAUAUAAAUAAACAUGUUGUAUACAUUUCGUG